AUGCAGAACGACACUGGCGAGUUCGUGGACCUCUACGUGCUGCGGAAAUGCUCCUCGAGCAACAGGAUCAUAGGGGCCAAGGACCACGCGUCCAUCCAGAUGAACGCGGCCAAGGUUGACAAGGUCACAGGCAGAUUCAAAGGCCAAUUUAAAACUUAUGCAAUUUGUGGAGGAAUUCGUAGAAUGGGAGAAUCUGAUGACUCUAUUCUCCGGCUGGCAAAAAAUGAUGGUAUUGUUUCAAAGAAUUUCUAAUUGAAGAAACCUUGUGGAAUAUGUCUUAAUAAAUCAGAAAAACGGCAAAAAAAAAAAAAA